AGCUGCCCACCACAGGUAGGUAGCUAGGCAGGUAUUCAUUCCCUCGACUCCCGACCUACAAUUCGCAUCUCGCAUCACGCACGACAAUGGCACGAUGAGCUCCCUCAAAACCGGCCCUUCGACCCGAGGCCUCCAGAUAUUCGCCAUACCAGGCGUCUGUCUCCUGGUGCUCUUCCAAGGCUACUUCUCGCAAUGGCUCUUCUACACCUCCCCCGACCUCGCCCCGGGCCGGCUCACCACUCGUGAGGCCAUCACCUUCAACGCCCUCCUCCUCUGCCUCUGGUGGACCUACUACAAAGCCUGCACCGUCGACCCGGGCCGCUACCACUACCCCACCCCGCCGCCCACCGACCCGGCCACAACGCCGACCACCCCGUCCACCCAACCCCCGCGCCGCUGGUGCAAGAAAUGCCUCCAGCCCAAGCCCCCGCGCGCGCACCACUGCCGGCACUGCGGGCGCUGCAUCCCCAAGAUGGACCACCACUGCCCGUGGACCGGCAACUGCGUCUCGCUCGCGACCUUCCCGCACUUCCUCCGCUUCCUCGUCUGCGCGAACCUCUCCCUCUGGGCCCUCCUCCGCCUCCUCCUCGCCCGCGCCUCGGCCCUCUGGUCCGCCCGCGCCCUGCCCGCCUACCUGGGCCCCACGCCGGCCGUGAUGGUGGCCGCGACGGCGCUGGCGCUCGUGUGCGCCGCCACGGCGCUGGCGCUGGGCCUGCUGCUCGCGUCCACGGUCAAGGGCUGGGUGUUCAACACGACCAUGAUCGAGGGGUGGGAGAUUGAGCGGCACGAGGCCGUGCUGGAUCGGUACGACAGAGGUGGGGGCCAGGGCCAGGGGGAGGGCCCGCCGCCGGUCCGCCGCGUCGAGUUCCCCUACGACCUCGGCCUGUUCGACAACAUGGCCCAGGCCAUGGGCACGCGCAACGUGCUGAUGUGGUUCUUCCCGCUCGCGGGCGGUCCCUCCGUCGGCCCCACUGGCGCCGGCGCCGGCUGGGAGUGGGAGGAGAACGGCUUCAAUGACGAGGAGGGCAUGUGGCCGCCGCCGGACCCGGAGAGGGCGCGGCGGGCCGUCGUGGGGUGGCCCGGCGCCGCGUCGAGGAUUGCGCGGGGUGACGGCGGUGCUUACGGCGGAGGCGGUGCGGGGUUUCGGGAGUACGCCUCGCCCGAGGAGGCCAAAGCCGAGUUCCGCAGGCGUCAGGAGGACGACCUCCGGCGGAGGGGCCAGGGACAGAGGUCCGGGAUUAUCGCCGAGCUAGAGGAGGACGAGGAGAUGAUGGUAGGCGACACGCGCGAUGUCGAGUACGAGGGCAAUGAUUACGACUCUUACGAGGAGGGCAUGGAUGGGGAGCCUGGCUGGACGAAUUCCGAUGGUGAUAGAUUGCGGGAUUACGGUGUGGACGAGGAGGUGGAGGAUGAGGAACUGAUACCCCUUGAUCCGGACGAAGAUGUCCCUAUUGCGGAGUUGUUGCGAAGAAGGAAGGUCCUGACACGGGAAGAUGAUGUAUAGGUAUAAUUUACGCAGCAAGAAAUGGCAUUCUUCUUCAAGACUCGGUUUACGAAGUUGCUUUGAAGAGGCGUCAUCUUACCAGGUUUUGCCAAUCAGACAAGUUUCCAACAGUGUCAGCUGCCAUGGAGAGAUGGUUCACAGAACGGAAAGGAAAGACGGUAGUCAAUCUUGAACCGUGAAUGGUCGGUCUAUCACAACUAACAAUCCAUU